AGAAGGAGAGGAGGAGAGAGGAAAGGCAAGGAUUCAGUGCACAGCCUUUUUUUUUAAACAGGAGCUGGCCUGCUUUAAUGUGAAGAUUCCUGCUGGGUUUCAGCCAUCCAACUUCGGUUUACUGUGAUUGGAAAUCAUCACCGACAGCGUUUCCGAGUUUAUGGAUGGUAGAAAUCCGGAUCCGUCUCCGAACAGUUUUGAUUUCUGUGUGUUUGUGUGAUUUUGAGCGUUGUGAGUGCUGGGCAGAGCUGAAUCAGGCUGCCGCCAUGGCCAGUGGAUGGAGCAUGGAGCCCGUUGGGUUUAGCCAAGCGAGCUAGCUUUAUUUUGGAGAAUAUAGUUAUUUACUUCAGCUCAUUUCACGUCAAUACAGCGCUCGAGAAGAAGCUGUACGUUUUGUUUUAUUUGUCAUUUUAGCUCUUUUUUUUGUUUUCUAGCCUGUGAGUGGCUCCUGAAUUUGCUUGUCUAGCUUGCUGCUAGCUAACUGGCUAACACGGUCAAGACGGUUUUUGUUGGUGUUAAUUUGAUUAUUUCUGUGUUUGACUGUUAUUCUUUGCUUGUUGAACUUUGAAUGACAUAUUUACUGUUGGGUGAAUAAACACACAAAAAGCUUUGAGCGGUUAAAAUCGUCCAGUCCUCCUGGUCCACACAGACAGCCGGGGAUUUAGCUGACCAGCAUAGAACCGAGAGAGAGAGAGAGACACCCGCAAGGCGCAGUGACUGCACUGAUCGAGUCCGGCUGUGCUUCAGGAAAUAAACCAUCAUCAGGAAAGAAGAUCGAGGAAAAAAAAGGGGGGAAAAAAGGAAGAUUGUCUGUCUGAAAAAUGUCUGGUCGGCCCAGAACCACGUCGUUUGCAGAAAGCUGUAAACCCGCUGUGCCGCAGCCUUCAGCGUUCGGCAACAUGAAAGUCAGCAGAGAUAAAGAUGGCAGUAAGGUGACAACAGUCGGCGCGACCCCUGGUCAAGGUCCCGAUCGGCCUCAGGAGGUCAGCUACACGGACACGAAGGUCAUCGGAAACGGCUCGUUCGGGGUGGUUUACCAGGCCAAGCUGUGCGACACUGGAGAAUUGGUGGCCAUCAAGAAAGUCCUGCAAGACAAGCGGUUUAAAAAUCGUGAGCUGCAGAUCAUGAGGAAGCUGGACCACUGCAACAUUGUCCGUCUACGCUAUUUCUUCUACUCCAGUGGGGAUAAGAAGGAUGAGGUGUAUCUGAACUUGGUUCUGGACUACGUCCCUGAGACGGUGUACCGAGUGUCCCGCCACUAUAGCCGAGCCAAGCAGAUCCUCCCCAUAAUCUAUGUGAAGCUGUACAUGUACCAGUUGUUCCGGAGUCUGGCGUACAUACACUCGUUUGGUAUUUGCCAUCGGGACAUCAAGCCCCAGAACCUGCUGCUGGACCCGGAGACAGCCGUGCUCAAGCUCUGUGACUUUGGCAGUGCUAAGCAGCUGGUACGUGGUGAGCCAAACGUCUCCUACAUCUGCUCUCGUUACUACCGAGCCCCAGAGCUCAUCUUUGGAGCCACAGAUUACACCUCCAGCAUAGACGUGUGGUCAGCUGGAUGUGUGUUAGCGGAGCUGUUGCUGGGACAGCCCAUCUUCCCUGGCGACAGCGGAGUGGACCAACUAGUUGAGAUCAUCAAGGUUUUGGGGACUCCCACUCGUGAGCAGAUUCGUGAGAUGAACCCCAACUACACAGAGUUCAAGUUCCCUCAAAUUAAAGCCCACCCGUGGACUAAGGUUUUCCGGCCAAAGACCCCUCCAGAGGCUAUCGCUCUGUGUUCUCGGUUGCUGGAGUACACACCCACAGCUCGUCUGACUCCUCUGGAGGCUUGUGCACAUGCCUUCUUUGACGAGCUCCGCGCUCCUGCUCUCAAGCUCCCCAACGGCCGAGAGAGACCCCCUCUCUUCAACUUCACCACACAGGAGUUGUCCAGUAACCCCUCACUGGCAUCCAUACUCAUCCCUGCACAUGUCCGCAACCAACCUGGAGCCUCCUCUCCUUCUAAUGCCUCCUCUACUGCAGAUGCCAGCAGUGGCGAACGUGGCCCAGGCCCAAACGCCGCCUCUGGAUCCGCCCCCAACCCAUCCACCUGAGCACCACCAACUCCUCGACAGGCCAAUCCCAUGCUGCUGCUCAUUAACCAUGCCCACUCCCCUAGUGUCAGGGGUCGGGCUAUGAAAAAGAAAGAAAACAACAACAACAAAAAAAAAAGCUCAUGAUGAGAUAUGGAUGAACCAACUGAACUUUAUAACCUACUCUCCCCUACCCUCCCAACUACCCUUGUCAUUUUUAUUAUUUUUAUUGUCGUUUUAUAUUUAUUUAUAUUAAAGGACAGGAAGGAUUUCUUUAAAAGCCUCUCAUCAGUUCUCGGCUCAGGAAGAAGAGCAACGGGAGACUGGAGAAGUUUAGAUGAUAAUAUAUAAACGUCUGCUUAUAAAGAGAUAAAAGAUAUAUAGACUUAUGAAUAUGCUACAGAUUUUGUGCGUCUCUUACGAUGAUUAUUUUUUAAAUUGGUUCACAGUAGCCUUUGUUGCUGCUUAUACCGAUAGGAAGUGCAGAUUUGAGCCCCUCCCCCCCUUUUCGGCCCUUGCCUUUGACCCAGAACUCAUGAGAAAAAGUACGAGACUGCCUAUCUGUGCUCCUCAAAAGAUAAGCUGGAGUCAGCGGUCCUUAGAGUGGAGUUUUGUCAGCUUUGUGGGUGAACAUUUUGGUUUAGCGCUCAUCCGUGGCCUGUGUCUGUGUGCUGAAAUAGGAUCAGCAUCGUCCUGUUUAUUAAGAAGGUAGAACUGAUCCUAGAACAGAGAUGUUUUCUGCAUAUCGCUGGAGCUUUGGUCACAGUUAAGGUUGCGUAUUGAGUUGGGUUAGAUAAGUGAUCCCAGAUCAGCUUUAAAGGGCUACUUCCACCUGGAAGGCAUUUGGCGAGAGCAGAAUCUCCAGGCUUCGUAUGUCAUGGUUUCUUGUGUAUGAUGUAGCCUUUUUUUUUUUUUUUCUUCCCCCCCCACCUCAUUGUUGGAUUGAUGCACUGCUUUAAUUCACUCAUUAUCCAUGUUGUUUUCGAAGGAGUAUAGCCAUGUUGUUUUCCUUCUCCUCCACAUGCUAGUCUUCCCAUCGUUUACUCUGUAUAGUCCCACUGAAAUGCUUGUAUGUGCUAAUUGCAUACAAAAUCCAGGUUCAUCGUGUGUGUGUGUGUGUGUGUGUGCGUGCAUGAGCACGUAUGCUGUAUAUCUACUGUAUUUAAAAGAAAACCGACAAUGAACAAGGACAGAAGUGAAAUUGUUUUAAUUGCGAACUACGGCUGAGCUACUUCCCGUAGCCGUAGAGUCCAAAAUGGCUGAAGGAGCCACAGAGGAUGCAGCUGUUUAGUGUGUAAUAGUUUUUUGGUGUGCCUUUGCUUUCAUACGCUUUUUUUUUUUCCUCAUGUUUUUUUUUUUUUUUUUGGUCCUGUUCUGUGACAAACCUGGCCUUUCGUAAUCUUGGACCGGGUUUUAUUCUUCGUUUAUUUUAUGUAAGAAGUUACAAUGACCGAUUCAGACGAAGGCUUCUUUUGAAAUCGCAUCGAGUUCAACGUAAGUGUACAUCAGUGGCCAGCAUUUACUAUUACGUUGAUUCAACUCGAAUUGCAAUGCCUGUAACCCUUGCUGAUCCUAGAGUGUGAAAUGGACUGCAGCCGGUCCUUUUCUGCUGAUCUGGGACCAGCUAGUCGGUCCCGAAUCGGCGUGCAUGGCUGACUUUCGUCUCAGAGUCAUGGUAAACCUCCCUGGAGUGCUGCUGGGAAGUUGCUGCUCUUCUUUUGUAUCGUCCUCUAGUUCUUGCAUUGUUGCCUGGGUCAUUAUUGUAGUUUUGGGCCAAUGAUGCAUCAAGCAUCACAUCCUGACUCUCUAUUACGAAUUUGGCAUUACAAGUUAGCACACUAACUGGCUUUUUACGCAUGACUUCAGUUUAGCUUGGUUAUCACUUAAAGGAGUGGUUCAGUUAAAAAAAAAUCCAAAACAAUUUCCACAAUUUUUCACUUUGUACACAAGUAUAGUCACUCAGCCAAGAAGUCUUAGGUGUGUGAGGCUGAUUUAGCAAACAGUUAAUGCAUGUCUCACCCGAACUCUCCGUAUACGUCAUCUCGUUUUUAAAUAAACAGUUUUGUAAAAUUGCAACAAGGAUCUUCCUUGUUUACAAGCAUAUUAUCCACAUAAAUACUGUUGUAGAGGGAGAUUCCUAAGGGGUAGAAUGAUGUAUGAUUCAAGUUGUCCAAAAUGGCUGUCCAUAUAAAAUUCAUUCAAAUACACAAAGGUUUUUGUGCAUUUUAUACAUUACAUACAAUAAGCCGUGUUGCGCCCACAUCAGUUGUGUGUGACUUGACUGGGCACAGUUUGAGGCUGAUAUUUACAGGAUUUUUCCUGGGUGACACAUUACAUUAUCCAAGCAACUGAAACAAACAUGACACUGAGUUUCUUGGCUCACGAUGGUGGAAAAUUGUGCAAAUUUGGUAUUAUUCCUUCUUUCAAGCCUAACGUGAGGUUGCUAAACUGAGUUUCUCUUCCUAAUACAUGCCUUUUGAUGAUAUUUGUGUUCAUCAGGAUGCAAAGGGUAAAAUCUGGUCCUCGAUCAGCACUUAGUGUUUAUUGCAUUUAGAAUUUAGUAGAUUUAGUGUAUCAGAAUAGAGAGAACAAAUGAACUUGUGCCCAUGCAGCUUUUCCUGAUUUUAGUAAUUAGGAUUUUUGUCUUUGUUGUUACUCAGUGCUGAUCUGUGGUCAGAUUCGGUUGUCUGUGACUCUUUGCACUGAUGCCGAGGCUGCUUUCUAACCCAAGAGCUCACUAAACGAUGGGAAGAAAAGGAUUUUUUUUAAUAUCUCCCCUUCCAAUGGUGCUCAUAUGUUACUUUCCCCUUUCCUUCAGUGUAAUUUUAUUCAUGAGACACUUGAUGGUAACAGAAUAAGGCUCUUAUUUUGUUUCGGUCAUAAUGAGAACCGUUUUAAUGAUGUACUUGCGUAGGACAUUUUAGCUGUUUUUGCAGUUUCUUUUUGUUUAGUAUAUUUUUACCCACUAACCAGUAAGAAAGGGAUGCGAUAUAUGAUGUAAAAUGUCAUGUUCUGCAGUAUUACCUAAUCAACUCAAUGGCAAUAAGUAUUACACAAGUGGAUGUUGGGAUUUUCUUUCUUUUUUUCUUUUCUUUUUUUUUUGGUUUACAAUGCUCUAACCUGCGCUUUCAGCAGCACCCUAUCAAAAGGGAGAGAUGUCAUGUAGCACUAGGUACAUAAUUUAAAAAGAAAAAAACACAUUUAAGAGUAUGUAAAUGCUUUCUGCCUGUAAAAUCUACAGCCAUAAAUGUUGCUUCCUAAAUGACUAUGGAACCGAUCACGUUUCUAGUGACGUUUUUGUCUCAGAACCUGUACGGGUUGGAUGAAAAAUGCUAAAAAAAAAUAAAUAAAAUUAAAUUAAAAUAAACAAAUAAAAAAAACAAGGUAAAUAAAGUCAAAAUAUUCACUGCAUAUUUGGAAACUUGUGUAUAGCUGUUGGCAGUUGUAAGAGACUUUGUAACUACAGACAGAACCGACUAAGAUGUUGCUAUUACUUGAAUGCCUGUUGACUAAUUUUUAUUUAAAUUUUUUUUUAAAUAAUUCACUCGGAACAGAUUUGUUUGUUUUCUCUCCUGUGAUGGUUAUGCUAAAUGUCUCUCUGUAAAUAGCGAUCCCUUCCUCUGUGUAAAAUGGUUCAGAGACGUAGUUACCCGGUACUGUCAUUUGCAUUGAAUAAAGUGUAGGUUAGCCUGAUAA